UGGUGAAGUUUUUUGGUUAAAACAUGUUUGUUUGUUUGUUUGUUUGUUUUUUAUUCAAGGGGUAAAGAACCCGGAAAGUAAGAGUAGCGGUACUUCAUAAUAAAGCUGCUGUAACAACCUUCCAGAGCCCUCAGUUUCUUCUGGUUCUGCUCUGCAUCCCCAGAACCAGAACCAAACGAGGAGAAGCAGCAUUCAGCUUCAAUGCGCCACAAAUCUGGAACAAACUUCCAGAAAGCUGUAAAACAGCUGAAACACUGACUUCCUUUAAAUCUCGUCUAAAAACCCACCUGUUUGCAGUUGUAUUUGAAACGUGACCGAUUGCGAAUGGAACGAUGGCACUCGACUUAAAGUCGUGUUUUGAUUGUUGAUUCUGUUGCAUGACUUUGUGUUUGGUUAUGAUGUAAAGCACUUUGAAAUGCCUUGCUGCUGAAAUGUGAUAUACAGAUAAAAUUUGAUUAAAAUAAUAAGAAAAGGUUAAACACUACAGCGUAGUAAAAUACUCCUAAAAGUCCUUCUUCUCCCCCCCCCAAAAAAAAUGUUACUCAAGUAAAUGUAAUUGAAUAAAUAGAGCAAUAGUUACUAUCCAACUCUGGCUAAAUGUGAGCUUUGAAAUCAGAGGGGAAACUAAAAGCAUUCACGUUGUCCGGAAUUGGGGGGGAUGUUGAAAGACGACAAUGGUGUUCACGUGAUAUCAUAUAUUUAGCACGAGUCACGUCCUUUGCAUCAUCACCGGCUGCUGCUAGAUGCUCACAGGUGCUUCCGAAAAGUUUCCCACGUGACCUCCCCCCCCUUCUCCACCCCUUCAGUCCCUCAUUGUUUGAAGUCUUCACAAAGAGCGCUUCCACCGUCCGUCAGCUUCAUGCUUCGGGUCGGUACCAGAGACCCACGCGCUGGAUGAAUGGCGGGUUAUACGCGCGAGCUGCUUCUUCCACACUUCCAGCGCUUUCAUUGGCCGUUCUGUUGAUGUGUGUGUGUGUGUGUGUGUGUGUGUCACAAAGUUUUCUCGCUCAUUAUCAUACCUUACGGUGGAGUGUUCGGGAACACACACCGGCCGGGCCAGAGCUGCUGCUGCGAGUCGAUGCGAAUUAAACGUGGGUGUGAUGAUUUUCCGGGACUCUGAGGAAGGAGGUCCGAGAGAGUUCACGCGCAUAGACCUUCCAGCUCCGCAGCCAGAGAUUAAUCUGCGGGGAGAGAUGGCGGAGGAAGUCCUCAACGAGUUCUACCCGGAUUUAAACGAGCUGGAGAGCAAGGUCGGGAGGAAAACGCCGGAGAGUCUCCUGGCUUGGAUGAAGGACGCCGCGGACCGCGAGGGAUGGACGGCUGACCCGUCGGGCCCCUCGGAUCACACCUCGGAUGGCUUAUCAGAUAAAAUCAACACCUUAAAACAAGAGAUGCGGUGGCUCCGCUGUGCCGACGUGAGGAUCCUGCGGCAGCUGGUGGCCGUGCACGAAGGCAUCGAGGCCAUGCGCUGGCUGAUGGAGGAGAGGGGCCUCCAAACCAGCCGGUGCAGCAGCUUAUCAGGCAGCCUGAGCAGCUUGGUGACCAUCGAGGAGCACGUUCCCUCAACGUCUCCCUGCAGAGAAGACCCAACUCCUGCCUUCCCUCAGAGCAUAAGGCUAGCAGCCAAUACAAAACCAGCAGAUCAAAACCCAUCUGAGACGUCUGAACCCCAGUCUCCCUCCAAAUCAAUCCUAGUUGAAAGUCACACUCAGGGUCCGCUUUCCGCCGCCAACAGUUUGCUCAGCGCUGACGCACCCAAGUCGGAAGCUCCGGAGUCGGGUUCGGCGCGGUUCCACAUCAGAAACGGCGCCGAGACCAUCAAGAGAGCUCUGCUCAGGUCCAGCAGAAGAAAGCAACUGAAAGCUGCCGGCCAGGAUGCAGGAGAGAAAAACUCUGAACGUCCAACUCAGCAGAGUUUAUCUGUGUUCAAGAGACAGGAAGUGAAGAAGGACGAGGAUGAGGAGGAGAGUUCAGCUGGUGGGGAGAAAGACUUACUGGGUUAUGAUGCUCAGUGGUCCUGGGUGGAGUCCAAGGAUGAUGUCACAUUUUUAUGAUCUUCCAUGCGGACACUUUGUGUUAAAGCUUUGCCUUUUAAACUGUAAACUUCUGGAGAGACGGUGGAACUUAAAAUGAACUUUGACACCGAGUGAAACUUGAACGUAUUUAAUGCGGAUUUAUGCAUCAGACCAACUCAGGAAGUCCUGUUUGGAGUUCUCCACAAGGACACGGCAAAUGUUCAAUUCGAAUUUGGUUCAAAAAUACUUUAUUGAUCCCGAAGGGAAAUUAAAUAACCUCACAUACAUAUACAUAGACAAGUGGGAAAAGGUGAUAUUAUCAGAUGAGACCAAAAUGAACUUUUUGAACUAAAUGCUAAACAGUUUGUGGGAUAGAAAGUUAACAAUGCAACAUGAUGACUAAAGGUGUUUCUAGAAAGUAUUGACUUUGGGGCUGAACAUAAAUACACCUCACACUUUUCACAUUAUUUGUACAAAAUAAAUAAAUUAAACAAUUACAAAGCCA